GUUACGAAGAGUCUUCCCUGAAGUUGCAGGGAGGUACUAACCGAAAUACCCAAGAGAAAACUCUUCAGAAGCUAAAAAUAACCAAAAGCCUCUGUGGCCGAGGUGGUAACUUUUAGCAGGCCGUUGUUGAGACGCGGGGGUCCGUAGCGAUCGCAGAGCCAGCGCUGGUGGGGACGUGGCUCGCAGACCGUGCUGCCUGGCACCGUGUGACAGCCUAGGGGAAGGGAAGUGGACACGGCUGUCUGUCCCGAAAUCACAGCUGCACACCUAACAAUCCCACGCUAGAUACAAUGGAGAGGCCUUCCUUGGAAAUUAACCUGCCCGAUACUCAUGAAGAAGGAAAACUUUAUGUAGUUGAUUCCUUAAACAACCUAAACAAACUAAAUGUUUGUCCAGAUGGAUCCCAACAUGCACUAGUGAUCUGUCAUCUCGCAACAGAUGAGGAAGAGAACACUGGUGAUACUGGAGAAAACACGGCAGGGAGCAACAUAAGAAACCAGCGUUUGUUCUUCAUCACCUUCAUUCUUACUUUGAUCAUCAGCUUGGCACUUGUUUCAUUCGUAAUAUUCUUAAUAAUUCAAACUAGAAACAAGAUGGACCAAAUAACGAGCAGGCUACUAUCUGAAAAGAAGAACAUAGAAGAGCUUAAGAAAAUGAACAAUAUGAUAUUAAAGCAUCUAAAUCAAUCGGGAAUUAAGAGGAGAUACCUCUUCACACAGCCUCCUGAUCUUCAUGAUUACCUCUUUACCCAUCCUGAGAUGAAAGUCCCUGGAGAAUAAAUCUUUGUAAUGAAAUUCAGUGUAUUCAUUUACUCAGAUAUAUUCACAUAUGGCACACAGGUUACUUAAACAUUCUGGUGUGGUCACAGGAGCACUGGAAAAGCUAUCUGAAUGAAAAAUAUUAGAAAAUAAUGUUUUAUCCUGUUCUAUGCGAAUAUAGAUUUUGAAAACUAAGCCCAUAUAAUUUAUAAUAAACAACGGGUUGUCAACAAUUUUGGGCAAGAGUUCCAGAUUCUCUGUGCAUUGUAAAUUGCAGGGCUAAGGGCUUAGUUUUACUUUAAAUGUAAGUGAAUGAUCACAGAAAAUAGUGAUUUCUAUUCACGGAAUCACCGCAUCAUGGAAUCACGGAAUUUCAGAGUUGGAAGGGACCUCUAGAGAUCAUCUAGUCCAACUCCCCUGCUAAAGCAGGAUUGUCUAGAGCACAUUACUCAGGACUGCAUCCAGGCAGGUCUUGAAAGUCUCUGGAGAAGGUGACUCCACAACCUCCCUGGGCAGCCUGUUCCAGUGCUCUGUCACCCUCACUGUAAAGAAGUUUUUUCUCAUAUUUGAUCGGAACUUCCCAUGUUCCAGCUUGUGCCCGUUACCCCUCGUCCUGUUACUGGGAACCACUGAAAAGAGUCUGGCUCCGUCCUCCUUAAACCCACCCUUUACAUACUUGUAAACAUUAAUAAGGUCUCCCCUCAGCCUUCUGUUCUCCAGGCUAAAGAGUCCCAGCUCUUUCAGCCUUUCCUCAAAAGGGAGACGCUCCAAUCCCUCAGUCACCUUUGUUGCCCUACGCUGGACUCUCUCCAGUAGUUCCCUGUCUCUCUUGAACUGGGGAGCCCAGAACUGGACACAGUGACCUUGUUCACUUAGUUGGUCUCCUGUUUCUUUGGAACAAGUUUUGUGUUUGCUUCUGUACUACUUAUAUUUAAGGAUAACUUCCGAUUCCAUAACUUAUAAAUAAAUGCAGUUCUGCCACGGAGUUUGGUGGUUUCCUCUUCUGUGCAUCUAAAUAGAUUGACUUACUACUCCUUUUGUAAAAAACCAAACUUGAAUAAAAACAAACCC